AUGGCGGCCAAGCCUGAAGUGGACGUCGAGUCUCUACGCGAUAAGCCUGUGUUGUUGAAGCGCAAGGACUUUCUGGGAACGGAGAAGGCAGCUCAGAGCCACCCCAAUCGGACGUAUUACUACCGCCAGCCCACGGAUCUCCAGCACGUGAUUGAUACGUCUACCAGUCAUCUCGUGCGUGAACCGAAGGACGUCAAGGUGUUGCUAGCACGUGGACAAGCACUUUUCAAGCAGGCCAAUUACGAACAGACCAUUCGAGAUCUUAAUGAGGUCGUGGCUCUGGACAGUUCAAAUGCUACUGCGUUUUACACGCGUGGACUGGCCUACUCAAAGUUGGACAAAGUGGAGCUAGCAAUACGAGAUUUCUCACGAACGUUGCAGAUUAACCCAGAGCACGUAAAUGCCGCGUACGCCCGUGCAUCCUGCUACAACUCACAAGGGGAUUUUGUACGAGCAAUUGACGACUACAACUUCGCAUUGCUGAAAGAUAAGAAGCUAAAACUACAGCAAAAACAUCAGCAGGAGCUGCAUCGCUCUGCGACUUUAUCUCGGCAGCAGCUACAGCAGCAGAAGCAGCAACAAGACGAAAGCGCCAGCAACGCGUUACUUUUCUCGCAGCGAUUAAAGAAAGCCUCACCAGGUUCAUUAGCAGAAGCUGACAACAAUGCAGAAGGCCUGCGUCAGGAAGAGAAGGCUACGUCUGUGUCUGUGAACUCUCGAUUACAGAGCUUGAAGCUAAAUGUAGCCUCAACUCCAGCAAAUACGCUGCCACCAACACGGACAGCUACCCCACCUCCAGCCACAAGUCUAGCAACUUCAGGUGAACGGAAAAGUACUACUGCGACGGGACUAGAUACGACAAAGAUCUCGUCUGCACUUGAACAAGCAGAAGUUCACCACGCGAGAGGCUUUCAGUAUCGUCAAGAAGGCAAUUUCCAGGCUGCAGCGGACGAGUAUUCACGGGCGAUUCAGCUAAACCCUCAACACUUCAAGGCUUACUUCAAUCGAGGUUUCGUUUACGACAAAAUGCGGCGCUUUGACGCCGCUGUGGAGGACUACACGCAGGCUCUGAAAAUGGAUCCACACAAUGCUUUCGCACUCUACAACAGAGGGAUCUCUCUUGAUCGCAGUGGAGACUAUCAAGGCGCACUCGCGGACUUCACUCGAGCUAUUGAGCUGCUACCAACAAACGCUGAUUUCUACCAUAACCGAGGCUUCUGCCACCGUAAACAAGGCAACUUUGAGUUGGCUAUAGCAGACUACUCACGAGCGAUUGAGUUCAAUCCGGAACACUUCAAGUCGCUGUACAAUCGAGCGUACUCGUACGACAAGCUCGGUCGUUAUGAAGACGCAGUACAGGAUUACACGGCCGCAUUACGCGUCGAACCAGAGAACGCCAACGCUUAUCACAACCGAGGAAGUACGUACGACAAGAUGAAAGACACCAGUCGAGCUAUCGCCGACUUUGAUCGUGCGAUCGCUCUUCAGCCUCGCUCAGUAUCAAGCUACAACAGUCGUGGGCUGUGUUACGACCAGCUUGGACGGCACGAAGAAGCUCUGCAGGAUUUUGCGAAGGCACUGGCGCUGGAUCCACGCAGUGCUGUGUUUUAUCACAACCGCGGCUACUGCCUUCGUAACAUGGGCCGCUUCGAGGAAGCUGUACAAGACUACAGCUCUGCUCUCGCUCUCGAGCCUCGCAAUGUCGCUGCGUACAAUAAUCGAGGCUACGCACUUCGUAAGCUUCGUCGCUUUAAAGAAGCCGUCGCCGACUACACGACAGCGCUGACUAUUGAUCCACAAAACACAAGAACUCUCAGUAAUCGAGCCUAUUCCUUAGCAAAGAUGCAACGUAUCGAAGAAGCCAUCGCAGAUUACACCCAAGUACUAACACUGGACCCUCAGAACUCAUACUCACGUCACAACCGUGCAAUUCUUACGGCCAAGAUUAAGGGCAGCGACGUAGAUGAGCGGGAUCUCAAGUGA